GUGGGCUUGAUGUUUUUGUUGUUGAUGUUGAUGUUGAAUUAGGCUAGUAAGAAGAGAAGGCGCAGUUGGGUUGUAGUUUCGUCAGCCGUUUUGUAACUUACACUGGAUAAGGACAAUUUGAACAGCGAUAUCCAAUUCAUUUCAGAUGCAGCUUUGCACUAUCCUGAAGCGCAACGAGUCUCCUACAUCCAUUCCCAGCGGGUUGUCCGACACUGAAUGUGUUUUGACAUUUAAGGUAGUGUUGAAAUGUCAGAGAGCUCAAGUGACACUGAAUCCUCCUGUGGAUGGACCAUCAUUAGUAAUGAGGGCUCAGAUAUUGAGACUCUUGGGCCUGAGAAUACACUGGAAAAUGAGGCUGAGGUCUCAGAGAGUGGGCCUGUACUGGAGACUGAGCUGCUGGACCAGUCAGCUUCUGCCUAUGAUGAUAAAACAGAGGAACCUGGUGACUCAUCCUUGGAUGUCACUCUGAAAGCAGAAUCAUUCCGGGAAUUGCACUCUGCCUCUGAGGUGGGUGCUGGGGAAGUGACCGACGAGCAUGUGACACUGUGCUCCUCCAGUGAUCACUCAGACAUCGUCACCUUGGGAGACUCGUCCAAGGAGGAGCGGGCUGCGGUGGAAGGUGAUGGUGAUGAUGAUGAUGAUGACAAUGACGAAGAUGACGACGAAGAGGAGGCAGCAGGAAGCACAGACCUUUACAUGGGCACCUCCUCAAGCAGCCAGUACACCUUCAGUGCACCAGAGACAGCAGGUGGCAUAAUGAACCAGUGGACGCUUUCUCAGAAUCUGUGGAAGUUUGGCUGUCGUCUGAGAGAACAGCUGUCUGCUGGAUACUCUUUCUCAGUUUUCCCCUUGGAGCAACCUGUGGUUGGAGAGUCCAGCAGCAGCGAUGAGGAGAUUGAGGCAGAGGCCAGCCCAGCCAUGCGGAGGCGCAGGGUGAGGAAGAGUACUGCAGGCUCUGAGCCAGAGCAGGCAGAGGCUCAGGGGGAGCAGCACGAGGACCCUCAGGCUGGAGCUCCACAUCAGAGCCACGUCAGCGGCACUCUAAACAAAUGCAUUCUUCUGGCCCUGGUGGUCGCCAUCAGCAUGGGCUUUGGACACUUCUAUGGUAAUUAUGAAGGUACUCUGCAGAUCCAGGAGAGGCAGCGGAUUGUGGAGAGGAGCCGUGUGCUUGAGCCCAGCGGCCCCAGAGAGCUCCAUCAGUGUAAGCAGCCUCAAGAAGACAUCAGCAAGGGAGUGAGACUCAGUGAGAGUCUGAGAGAAGACCUAGAGGAAAGGCAUAACAUGAAGAUGUCCAUCCCUGGGUUUAUGGCUAAGAUAACUCUAGAGAACCAGCAGCUCAGACUCAAACAGGAUGAGUUACAGGCCCAGAAGGUUGAUCUGGUCGAGCAACUGAAGCACACAGUGGAGGAGCGCAGUGCCAUGGAGCUGGACCAGGAGCAGCUGGCCCGGGAGAAUCGACAGCUGAAGAGCUCCCUGGAGCACGAGGAGGCCUCCCUGUCCGCCCUGCAGGACGAGCUGCGGAGCCUCCGCGCACAGAUCCGCCAGCUGGAGGAACGCGGGGCCGGGGCGGACUCCGUCCUCCAGGAGAACCAGCGGCUGAAGGUCCACCUGGAGGAGGAGCGUCAGCGCCUGCGUAGCAUCUGGGACCAGAGGAACCGGCUGGUAGUGGAGGCCCAGACGCUGCGCGGUGAGCUGGACCUCGAGCGGAAGGCCACCGACAAGCUGAGGGAAGAGCUGAGCCGCCGUGGUCCCACUCACGAGACAGAGGAGCUGCAGGCCCGCCUCCUUGAGCUGGAGAAGAAGCUGAGCUUUGAGCAGCAGCGCUCUGACUUGUGGGAGAGGCUCUACGUGGAGACGAAGGAGGAACGAGAGAAGGUCAAGGGGGAUCGGCAAGCCAAAGCCAAGAAGCCAAAGGAAGGCAUAAUAGGCAAGGUGAAGGAAACCUUUGACGCGGUGAAGAACUCCACCAAAGAAUUUGUGCAUCACCACAAAGAGCAGAUCAAGAAGGCCAAACAAGCAGUGAAGGAGAACCUUCGGAAGUUCUCAGACUCUGUCAAGUCCACUUUCCGCACCUUCAAGGACUCUGCCUCCAACAUGUUAGACAGGAAUCGCCGGCCCCAUGAACGGAAGUUCCACGAACGGAAAGAGGCAAAAGCCCAACGCGAAGAGCCUCUCAGAACGCACACUGAUGACUCAUCCUCAGAGAAAGCCUCGUGGCACCACAGGCCCCACAAGACCUUUCACCGCCACGCUCGAAAAUCCACUCUGGAUUCACCUCAGGCCGAAUUCAACACACGCAAAUCCGGAACCAAGAAAGAAACAGGUUCUGCUGGCCCAAAAGGUAGUCCCAAAGGGUGCUCAGGUGUGUUUGACUGUGCUUACCAAGAAUCUAUGAGUCUUUUCAACAAAGCCAUGGACCCUAUCCGUGCAGAUGAGUUCAAACAGCUACUCCACAGCUAUCUGCAGCAGGAGGUGGACCACUUUCACCACUGGAAUGAGUUGGAUGGGUUCAUCAAGAACUUCUUUCAUAAUGGUGUGUUUAUCCAUGAUCAGAUGUUGUUCACAGACUUUGUCAGCGGAGUGGAGGACUACCUUGAGGAUAUGCACGAGUACCAUAGCCAUAAUGACGACGUCUUUGAAGAUUUGGAUGACUACAUUUAUAGACACUUCUUUGGAGAUACAUAUUCUAAACGUUAUGGUCCGAGUCGACCACUUGAAGGUCCUGAUUCUAAGACAAAAGAAAACAGGGAGGCCAGGCCUCAGCGUAAGCAUCAGCGAGCACGUCCCCGGCCACAGAAAGAGAGGAAAUGGAGUAGACAAGGACGCCCGGAACGACACAUGGCAGAUGUUAAGAUAGAGCUGGGGCCUAUGCCGUUUGAUCCCAAAUAUUAGGAUGUGAAUAAAAUAUGAAUCUCUAUCUUUUCAGAUGGUUAAAACAGAAACUGUACUUUUUGCUUGAUUUUAUUUGAUUUCUGGAUGUGUCCAAUAUGAUUCCCUUAAUUGUAAUUUUGCACAAUGUUAACUCCUAAUGCUGGUGGAAUGUUUCCUUUCUCUUUCAUUGGUGCAAUCCGUGCUAACUAGGCCACCAUGGCAGUUGUAGUGUCGCCUUGUCGUAUCGCACGCACACAAAAAAAGAAGAAAAAGAGCAGAUGAUGUAAUACUUUGUCCAUAAAUUAUUAUUAGUAGAAAUAAUGAUAUUUAUCUACAUUUUGAGAAUUGUGAAUUACUGCCUUGGAUUGUAAAUCUUUCAGCUUUAGCUUUGACAAUGUACUGAUUUUUAGAGUUUUAUUUUUAAAAGCAUAUAUUGCUGGAUAAAGCCACAUUUGCUGUAUUUUCUGAAUGUUGUCAAUAGAGAGGAAAAUGCACUUUUUAAAAAGACAUCUUGUGUGUGCUAAUUGGCUGAGAGUUUGUAAGAUUGGCCACUUGGAAUACUUUAAAAGUGAAUAUAUAAUUCCAGUUUGGUGUAAAAUAGGACCAAAAUAAUUGAAUUCUACACAAUUAUUCAAGCUGUGUUUAUAGUUUACCAACCUGAAGCGUGUGGAAGAGGCACUUGUUACUAAUACUUAAGCAUAAUUCAGAUAUUUGUGCUGCAAAAUGUACAACAUUGUCACAUAGAUUAGACUGGAAGUCCAGUUGACAGAAUGCAAUUGAAGGAAAGUAGCAGGUGAGCAUUUUCUUAACAUGUCAUUUGUGUUUGUUUCUGUUCUCUCGAAUAAUUGAGUAACAUUCCAAUUGUUUUCAUGAUGCCCAUUCCCGUUUCCUGGUUUGCGGUAAAGCUGUUAACUUGAAAAAUGAGCAGUCUCCAUUAAAAUGUUUGAUGGGAA